AUGGGUACACUACUGCCUUUUCUCAUCCUCACUUUUACAACAACAACAAUUUCUUUUCAAGUCCUGCCUUAUGUUCACAUUGAUUAUGAACAUUACUAUCGGCUAGCACAAUGUCAAGCACAAUGUGUGGAGAAAGUAAGUGAUUUCCUAUGAAAUUAUUACAAAAUAUGUCGUAAAACGAACUGAAAAUUAAUUUACAAAAAUUUUUUUGGAAUGAGUUAAUGAAAAAUUUAAAGAUUUUUGCCAUUUUUUAUAUUAUCCAUGCUCUCAUAAAGCGUUCGCUCAAAAAAACGCCAAAGAAAAUUUUCUCGGCCUUUUGAAGCGUUGAGCCUUUGUUUUGAAACAACGCCGCUAAUCCACUCAACGUAAUGAGCGGGGAUAUAAGGACAUCGGCGAUAUAAAAAUCAAAAAAAUAUAUAUAAAAAUCUAAUUUAUAGCAGAUUAAUAAAAAAUUUUUCAGUAUGGAGUAGUCGCGGUAAAACGAAGGCUAGAUGGGUCAUCAAGGAGCUUUUUCAACAUCAGCAGUGGCAAUUAUAAUAUGGUAAGUUGAAAAGAAUGAACAUUUAAGAUUACUUUUACAAAGCGUAUAUUACACUUGGCUAUCCGAUGUUGGAAAAGGCUAAAAAUUAUAUUUUCAAUAUCUAACAGGUCGAAAAAGCCGUGAAAUUUUUAUAAUUCACCUUUUUAGGGGGCAAUUCUUGCUUUGUGACUGUAUUUUUAACAAAAACUUUUUUUAAUAAAGUUACCGUAACCCAAUUCAAAAAAAAUGAUGACUAAACCAAUAUCCCCAAUUUUAGUGUGAGCUUGGCUGUUCCCAUGCCCGGAUGGCUGCCAAAAAAGCGAUUCUGAGCCGAUCCAUUUCCGACGCUUUCACUGAUGGCCAAAACUUUUGGCACAGUGUUAUGGAGAAUCAAAAAACCGAUAAGAAACAAAACCCAUCGCCUCUUCAUGCCCUCAGGGCAUUAUGCGCGAAGCCGGCGGCGUCUGUGCCAGAGAAUGGGCUGAUGGAUUCGUAUGAGAUCACCUUGACGGCAAUGCCAAAGAAAUUGGAAUUUUUGGCGCCGGCCAAAGUUCUAAUUCAAUGGAAACAACGGGUCGCAAUGCCUAAGGGCGGCUUCGACGAGACUAAAUGGAUCACCGCGGCGGUAAGUUGAAUCCUCAAAAGUUUUUUAGAGGCCAUUUUUGGAAUGUUUAAAAUUCAAAUUUUUGAAAUUUUUGAGUUGCGAAAUUAUUGGCGUAAAAUCGCUCAAGUAUAAUAUUUUUGAAAUUUUCAUAGGAAAAUUUGGAGGUUACUAGUGCAAAAGAUUAACUCUGACAUAAGGAAAGGAUAACUCGAAAUUUGGAGACUUAUUUUUGGGGAGAUUAACAUUUUCGACACCAAUUUUCAAAGAUAAUAUCGGUAGGCAUAAAAGAGGGGAUUACGGUAAAUAUAGAUAUAAAAUGUCAUAAUGGUAUUAAUUAUUCUGGUCUCUAGGACUUUUUUCUUUCUAUUUCGACUAUUUCAAUAAACUUUUACCUUAUUUUAGAACAAAAUUGAGCACAAUUAAAUUUGAAGGUACUUGAUGUAAUGGAUAAUUUAAAAUUAAACAUUUUUGAAAGUUACAGCCAAAUUUGUUACUGUAAAAUUGAUCCUGACCCAUUUUUUGUGACCUUGACUCAGCCUGUAAUUAUCCCACUUGCGCAAUUGUUGACUUUCAGCUAAUUUUGUCCUGGUCUUUCAGCUUAUUAGAGGGCGCUGCGGGUAAUCCCAAUUAUUCGCAUUUAUUUGCAUAAUAUUAGAUAUCAGAUGGCGGAAUAAGGAAGUAUCUGAUCCAGAAAAUGAUUGUCCAAAUAUUCAAGUCCAAUCUGAAUGAUAUUUUUUACACAGUUCUUUGUUUUAGAUCGAGCACGACCUUGUCUUCAAAGCCGAAGCAAUUCAGCCCGGAAUCCAAUACAAGUUUAUGGCCACAGUAAUUGCGGCGAAUGGGAAGAUGGGCGCUGGUGUUACCAGCGACUGGGUUGAGGUCCCAGCUCUUGGAACCGUUCCAACAGCCUUUGGUAAGGAUUUGAUUAUACAUUACCUAGUCCAAUAUAAUUGAUGGUUAAAAAUCGAGUUUAUAGUAGUGAUAUGCACCCAAAUUGGGCUAUAAAUUUUACCUUGUACUGCGCUAUAAUUUCUGACAUUUUCUCUUCUUAGGUUUGAGACCACACUCGUUCUGCAUGCGCAAUCAAAUCUUAUGUAAACUCGAGCGUGAGUAAUAAGCCCGGUCCCUUUUCGGCCGCAAUGAGCAUGUAAGCGGUUCCGGAUUUGGGAUUCUGCAUCCCAAAUUAGGGUCACCCUGCGCGCUUUUCCGGUUGAAUUCGCAAAAAUCCGGAAAUUGCGCGAUUUCGAAGUUGGCAGCUCGCGCCCUACCUUUGCGUGAAAUUAGGGGUAAUACUGUAGGAAGAACAUCAAAUAUUGUUUGGGAGUUACCGAGAAGUAAUAAAAAUACUUUUUUAAAUCAAUGGCUUGCAAAUUUUACGCAGCUCGCGCCCUAGCCCCAAACUUUCCUCCCUAAUUUUAUGGAAAUGCACUCGGCCAAUUUUCCCAGAAACUGGGCGCGGAACGGGUCAUUUGAAUAAUUCGCCGAAAAUUGCAAAUGAAUUUCGUUGGAGACGGGGGAAAGACAAUGAAAAUGGAAGAGAAAUCUCGGACAAAAGACAAUUAGUUUUUGUGUGCACAGCUCUCGUUCUCAGCGUUUAUACGUGGGAACUGUGCCUAAUUACAAUAGGAAAUUUGAGUUUAAUGACGGGUUAACAGGUUUAGCGGACCACUAAAACUGAAAAAUUUCAAAUUUGAGCAAAAAAUUAUAUUGACCAUCAAGUGUAAUAUAAAAUAUUGAAAAUUUUUAGGAACCCCGCUCACAAUCACCCCUCAAUACAACUCUGAUGACAAUGUGAGUGCUGUGAUCUCCUUCAAACGUCCGGCCGUCGACCCAACCAAGUCCAAUCGUCAUCAUAAUCAUCUGUUGUCGCCAACUUGCUCGUUCCAGCUGAGAUAUGCCAACAAAACCAAGGACAUUUACGCGCGCAACUUCGAGAUGGACGAAAGUGAAGGGAUUUUGUUGACGAAUCUCGCCUUCAACACCGAUUACAGCGUGGAAUUGCUGGCCAUUCCGCCAAACGCAAAUCCAACUGAGACCCCGGAAACCGCCGAAAUCUUGAGGAAAUCAGCAAAUGCGGAGUUCAAAACCAUCUCCUGUGCUGACAUCUUUGGCCAGGGAAGUCUGCAGUGUGAGCCAGAGCCGGUGAAAGAUCUGGACAUUCAGCUGAAUGUGGAGAAUGGAACUGCGAGGAUAUCUUGGAGACCGAGCGCCGAACAGAGACAUGUUCUGCUGUACGAGCUGAGAUAUUUGCCGGUCAGUGAUCGAAGCAAGUGCGGGAUUCGAGAAACUACCUUGUAUUUGACAGCGGUAAGUCUUUUAGAGGGUUUGAGGAAAAUUUUGGUUUACUUUUUUUAAGAAUAUUGCACUUGACCAUCUGAUAGGUCAAGUGUAAGAUAAUAUAAAAAAUGAUGGCCCAAUGUUGCUGAAAUUUGGAAUAGUCCCAUAGUUAGGUACUAGACACUUUCUCUGAGAAUUUCAAGUCGCGUAAUGCAGAAACAGCCGAGAUAUGACACUUUCAACUCAAAAAAUCUCACAUUUUGAUGAUUUUUGGCCCAAAAAUGACUAAAACUCGAAUUUUCAAAAAAAAAAAAUAAUCUAUAUUCUUAUAUAUACUUGAUUUUCAGAAGUCCACAAGUGCCGAAAUUCCCCUAUCUGGCCUGCAUCCCUGCGAAGUUGAAGUAGAAGUCACAAAUUUUGACCUCCGAGGUCGAGACGCCUCCACAACUAGUCGAUUCCUCUAUCAACCGCCACCAGAGCUCUCGCUGAUGAACACAAUCGACGAGACCAAAGCGCGGAUCCUCCGCAACCUCUGGUUGAUCGUCCUGGUUCCCGUCGUCCUGAUCUUGAUCAUGAUUUUGAUGGUCCGAUUCGCGCAUUUGGGGCAGAGAAAGCUGAAGAAGGUGGCGGAGAAGAACCGAGACAAGUUCCCACAGCCAGUAGAUGUGUGA